CAUGUAACCCUCCAGUUACGGUAAACAUGGUUUGUCGUGGAUUCUGCUUCUGCGGGUGUUGAGCAACUUCACAGUGAGAUGUUCCGCAAGGAAUAAGACUGUCUUGGAGUUAACUACUAUUGGGAAAACGUUUCUCAAAGGAACCCAAGGUAUUUUCCUCACUACCAUGAGCAACAAACAUCACCCUCCCCUCAUGAAGAAGCACAGUCAGACGGACCUCGUCAGUCGACUGAAGACCCGCAAGGUCCUUGGUGUUGGAGGCGAGGAUGAUGAUGGUGAGAUCCACAGGUCUAAGAUCAGCCAAAUGCUUGGCAACGAAAUGAAGUUUGCGGUACGAGAGCCAAUAGGUCUACGGGUAUGGAUUCUCAUAUCCGCUGUGCUGUUCACAAGCAUGGCCUUGAUAGCAUUGGUACUCCCCAGUCAGCUCUAUGAGUUUGUGUUUGAGCUCACCACCACCCAGGUCUCCAUUCGACUCUAUGGUGGAGCACUUCUCAGUAUCUCUUUAAUCAUGUGGAAUGGCCUGUACACAGCAGAGAAGGCCAUCCUCCAGUGGACCCUCCUAACAGAAGCAAGUUACCUGGCUGUCCAGUUCCUAGUUACGUCUGUCACGCUGCUGGAUGUUGACCAGGUUUCAAACCCAGCCUCUCUCCUCCUCACCAGUGAAGUCAUAUUCCUUCUCAUCACCCUGCUUUACUACCAUCAGCUUGGCCGCAAGUUCAAGAAGAUAUGAAAGACUCUCUCUACUACAUACAGUGGAUGAGUAGAUGGAAAGAUGUAGCAUAAAACAAGAUCAGUGUUACGUUUUGUUGCACCCCAGUAAACUCACCUACAAAUAUGGGUCCACCUUGGGCACCAAGCUUUUAGGGGGACUCAAAUAAAGCCUUAACUGUUGGUGUGUGAGUUGUAUACACUGAUAUAACUAUAUUCUGAGAUUGGAUCAUAGGACUAAGAACCAGGGAAUGCAAAAGCAGUGACAAGGAUGUAUUUUGUUUAUUUUUUUGUAUGCUUUUAACUUAUUCUGAGGACGAACAAACACAGAGCAAAGUCAGUUAAGGAUUUGUGCAUGAAAUAGACAGCUGAGGUGAAUUCAUCUUCAAAUAUUACAAGUCAAAGCUACUAUAUUGAUCUUUGGAACUGAAACAUAGUAGUUUAUAGACGAUCACCCAAAACACUUUUAUUCAUUCACUACCGGUCAAUAUUGGGUUAUUUAGACAUAGAAAAGCGACAACCAUUAAAAAUCGAUGUGGUAAUUUAUCUUUCUUUCUUGGUUGUACAAAUGCAUUUUAUAUUCAAACGCCAAAAGGGCGGUUGUAAUAGCAUUGUGGAUUUACAUUCCUAUAUUUAAGAUGUUAAAGUAGAAAGGAUCAUUUAUUUUGUCCGGUGACUGAUUUAUAAAUGUUAAAGUGAGUUAGACAGCACAUUUUAUGUGUAGCACAAAAGAGUUUUGUUAAAAUACUUGAGAAUUUAGUUGAAUAUGCUGCAGUUGUGUCAAAUGUUCUUAUAUUUGCUUAAAGAACUUCAUAUGAGUUUUGAAGGAUCCUGUGUCUUUGGUUACAGUGCUGUUGAACUUUUAAUUUGACCUCUUAAUUGGUGUUUAAAUGUGACAGUGAAUCACUGUAAAAUCUUUACACCAAUACACUUUGGAAUUGUUGCACUUUUUAACAAUAUUUCUAGGGGUGGCAAAUCCUAUUAAAUUCCAUUUUGGAAUUUAAUGGAACCUUUUGGUGACUUUGGGGAAACUUUGGGAAUGUAAGCUGGAAUCAUAUUAAAAUAAAUAUAUGCUUCCAACUGUUAGUUUUGGCGUUGAAGCUCAUCCAUUACAUUAAUGGAUUAUACAUAAAUUUGAUGACAUCACAAAUGUAACACCCCUAAGGGCUUCAUUCAUAAUGUUGUGAUAUGAAUUUCAGGGUUUGUAAUUUGUUGUGAAUACAUUUAAUAAUGAAUGGUUCUCUAUGGUCAUCAUGUCAAAUGAAAAACCAUACCAGACAUACACUAUUUCUUUAAAAAAAAAAUAUUGUGUUGUUAAAGACUGGGAAAUUUAAUCCUAAUUUAAACUAAAGUAAAAAUAAUAUCAAAAUAACAAUAAUUUGUUGCCUCACCGUUGGUAUUAACAAUAAUAAUGAUUUAUAUCUGAUAUGUUUCACAAACAGAUACCAAGAAAAUGCCAUCUCUUUGCAGACCCAAACAUUCCCUAAAUUAGCAUUAUCUUCUGAAUUUCAUAUUUGCUUCGUAGUGCACAUGGGACCAUAGCAAUUUUGAAUGUAAUGCUUUAGAAAUAUGUUAAUUAUUCUGUAUCUGUUUGGUUUUCUGUGUCAUCAACCGUCAAACAUUACCAUAUAGAGUACAAUAAAUGUAAUAUUUUUCAAU